AUGAAUUUAGAUGAUGAGUUAGAAAGUUAUAAGUCGAUCCUUUACGAUAGCAAAAUCCAGGACUUAUACAGAAUAAAGACUCGAGUUGAACAUAUCAAGAGUCAGAUAACCAACAUAGAGCAAACUUUAGGAGAGUUCCAUGUCGUUUCCGAUGACCUGUUAAUAGAAAAAGAAUUGUCUAUCGUCCGUACCAAUGGGAAAUACCUCCUUUACCCCACAACCCUGAUCAUGUGUGUUCUCGACAACCUCCAGACUAGAUUCUACAUACGACUGCAUGUAAUGAUUAAAGAGAAGAACGAGAGAAUAGCGGGACUCCUUCGACAUUACGACAUUCUCAACUCCGUACUAAUUGAGUUGCGGGGGAAGUACAGGAAUGGAUUCUACGAGAUCAUGAAGAAUUGGGAUGCAUACUGCAUUGGUCUCACGGUUGCGGAUACCGUAGAAGAUUUAGGAUUUCAAACUUUGAAAGAUUCAAUCGAAGAAGAAUUAAAAGGGAAGUUUAACAGGUACGACGUCGAGAGACUGCUAAGAUUAAUGUCUUGCGACAAAAUCUCAUAUAAAAGAGAUGUAGCCGUUCCUGUUUCUCUCUACUUCUCAAACCUUAGUAAAAAUUAUGGACAUCCGAUCUUACACCCAGUAGAAGGGAUAGAGAAACUGCGACAAAACUCGAAAAAGCAAAUAGAUGUUGACGACCAAAUAGCAAGGAAAGCCCUGUGGAUGUUCCGGAAAACCUAUACCAUAAAUUAUUACCGAAAGAAGGGGCACUAUCCAAAACACACCAUCCUGGGCGGCAUUCACCCCGUUCUCACCGAAUGUCUAAAAGACGAGCGUGCUCUGACGAGUAACGAAUCUCGGAACCUCCCCUUAUCAGCAUGGAGCAACAUACAACUUGAGAAGAACCAUGACAUGAGUCUGGAAAUCGACGAGAAAGAACUGCUGAAGGACACGGCAUGCUCACCUCCGAGAGAGGAAUGGUUCAGACCUUACGACCAGUGUGCCUUCAUGAACCUGUAUAACCAACGAAAGCCGAGAAGUUCGGCACAUUUCGAACCGAGAGUCUUGGCGAGGUAUCUCAAAGGAGAUGAAGGCGAACUCGCUAAGAAGAUUUCUGACCAAGAAAACCUCUACUACAACCACUUGAGGGACGACAUCGUUCAGCUGUGUAGGAAAGAACGAGAGUUGAGCGUUAAGGGACGGGUUUUCUGCAAACAAACAUAUGAGAUGAGGUUAAUGCAAGUAUGCAUGGAGAAGUCACUAAGCGACAAUGUCCUACCCUAUAUCAAAGAACAAACCAUGACCAAUACAGAGCUGGAAGUCGCAAAAAGAAUGGACAAGGUUGCCUCACACAUUCGAGAAAAAGGACACGCUAAUCUAAAUCUUGAUCUCAGUUCAUGGAAUCAGUUGAACCGACACGACUUAAACAAAUAUCUGUUUCAAGAACUCGACAGACUUCACGGUAGAAGAAACCUCUAUUCGGACUCUCAUCUUUGGUUCAAUAGAUGCAUGGUGCUCUUAAGUUCUAGAUUAACUCCACCAGAGAUUGGUCCCAACGGGGAACCAUUAGCCGGUGAUUACUGCCACUACAACCAGUUCGGUGGAUUCGAAGGGAUGAGACAAAAGGCCUGGACUCUGACGACGAUUAUGAUUAUAAAGAUAGCCUUAGAGGAGUGUAACAUCCAAGGAGAGGUUAUGGGCCAAGGUGACAAUCAAAUCAUACACAUAAGACUCAACGAUGAACAACAGAGUCAGCCUCAUUUUUACAUCAAGAUGUUACUUAAUAGUUUGGAUUAUUUGUUCAAAUCAGCAGGACUAUCACUCAAACUUCAGGAGACGUGGUACUCUCAGAAUCUGUUCGAGUAUUCAAAAGUUCGGUAUUACAAAUCCUUGCGUAUCGAUGAUAGCCUCAAAAGACUCAACAGGAUGAUUCCCGAUAUCAAUGAAGGAUUUCCCUCAUUACAAUCCUUAAUCACAGGAGUAUCGACAACCACCGAAAAUAUCUCUCGAAACUAUGUCUCUCCAAUAAUCCCGUUCUUUCUUUACUCGAUCGAACUCGGGAACACACUGAAACGAAAAGGGGCUGUGGACAUAGGAACACGCGACACUGACAAGUUAUGUGCCCUAAUGAACAUACCCUCAAUUCUUGGUGGGCUCCCGUUGUCAAAUAUGUACCAACACUGCCAAAGGGGUUGUCCGGAUCCUCUGACGAUUUGGCUUAAAAUCUUAGAAUGUAUAAGAAGAACUAGCUCCAAGAUCUACAACAGGAUACUUCACUUAAUACCCUGCGAGAUAAAGACCGAACACGACCCUGUUAAGCUGGUAGAAGACAUUUACAGCUUAAAUAUUAUAGGAAUGCCUAACUUUGAGAGGAAAGCGAGAGAACUGAUCGAGGAAUUCCUUCCGACGUUUGUCACAAACCCCAAAGUGAUCAGGUUAUUAGGCGCGGAUCGAACCGAUUUAGAGUCCCUUUGCAGUAUUCUAACGACGAUGAGACCGUACGUUGCAAACCUAGCUCACGAGAUCUUAAGAAACUCAAAUGAAGGAGUACAACUUCAGCUCAUAGGAAGUUUUUCCAAUCUACAAACUAUCAAUAGAAUGAUAAAUGAAGAUCCUAACAGGACAGAAACCAUAUUCUCCUUAGGUAAACUCAAAGACGCAGAAGCGAUCGAAGUGUUGAAGAAGCGCAUGUCACGAUCGGAGCUUCCCGUUCAAGGUACACACCUACUUGAGAGGGCCCUAUCGUCGAUCCCGUGUACAUUCAAGGCUGCGUUGUGGCUAAGAGAAAUUACUUGGGGUUUCCCAGUGACUGGAAUUACAAGUCCCGUACCCUGCGAACAAGUCAAAAUAGAAGAUUAUGACGACAUUAGCAAAGAUGAGAGGAAAGAAUGCAUUGUAGCAAAGACAUCCUACAAUCUCAAAACCUAUGGGAAAGAGGCCCUAAGUUCUAGAGGACCUUUCGAACCUUACUUGGGCUCAUCAACGCCCGAAAAGAUGAUCCGGCCUAAACUAACUGUCAUCAAUCCAAAUCCCCAGAUCAAGUCGGUCAUGAAGCUGUACUAUAUUCUCUCUUAUCUCGAGCGUAUGGAUGCUGAAAGCCCUCUCAUCAGACUUGUUAAUAGAAUGAUUCAAGACAAACUGAAGUAUUUACCGGCGGAGUUUAGUCAAGUUCCUCUGUCAGAUUGGUGCGGUAGAAAUUACGGUGGGAGUUACGAACAUCGAUUUAAGGCAUCAUCGCAAAAACGCUCAGCGCUGUUCUCCUUGAUGGAAAACCUAGCAACCCAUGUAACUAUAAACACUAAUCUCUUAGGAAAGGCCUUACGCGGGAAUGAGGAUUACAACCUCUUCUUUCAAGAGAUUUUUCUCUACAUCCAGAACUAUGUGAUAGAACGAGCUAACAGGGGCCUCUCCAUUGCAGACACUUACGCUAUACCACUAAAUUGCCCAGACUGUACCUACUUAAUCUUAAAUACUCCCAUUUCUAUCAACCUUCAACAUAUGAGCUACCAAUCGAAGUUAGUUUACAACCAGGUUAGCUCAAGGUUGAGCAAAACCAACUUAACGGACAGUAUCCAAGUUUGCACACUAGCAAUGUCGGUCUCUCUGGGCCGAAAACUCACGACAUCGAGGCUGCAUGACAAAGAUGUACACAAUGCCCUAGAGACAUUUAAAAAUUCCAAAACCGAGGAAUCCACAGAGAGGACUAGUAGCAACCUUAUGUCGGAAUUCCGAAAUGCAAACUUAGAUUAUGUCUUAGUUGGAGCUUUACAAAACAGUAAGCAGUUGGUAGACUUUGUACUGGGCAGGUCAAGGGACUAUCCUGUGCAUUUAUUUGAACAUUUGUCUUACCUCAUAAUUAACAGUGAAAGAAUGCAGGAAGUACUCGGAGUACUGCAGGUUCCUAUAGAAAAACACUCAUCGGUGACACAAACAAGCGGACUAGCGAAGUCACUGGCAAGGGCUGUUUUGAAAUAUAUCCGUUUGAGAGUCGAUCCAUUCUUUAGGGCUUGUACUUUUACGACGUUCGCAUCUGAUUUGAUUUCUAAGCAGGCGUAUCUCUGGAGAACCUUCAUAGGUUAUUUAAUAAGAGAAAACUCAACAUUAAGCACAUCACAAAAGAAAGGAAUUCUAAAGAUCCCACAGUGUGGUGGAGAGACUGUACAUGAGUGGGGGUUGAAGGUUCCGCUCAACCUGACAAAGAAUCUGUCCGUCGAAAUAAAAUUCGAAGAGACUGACGCUAUCUCGGUCUGGAGAGAUUUGAAGAAUGAUAUAUUUUAUUGA